AUGUCUUCCAGUUCAAAACAUGAUAAUGAUGAUAGUGAAGAAGACUCAUUGAUUGAAGCAUUUGAAACCACUUUAACUAUAAAACCAUCUUCAACUGAAUAUGAAGAAAUUAAUGAUAUUUCAAUAGAUCAUACUGUUUUACCGAAUAGUACGAUAAAUUAUACUAGAGAUACAAGUAUUGUAAAUAUAGAAGAAUUAGAAGAAAAUGAACAAUUACUGGAACAAAUUCCUAAAUUUAAAACAAAAAGAAGAUAUGUUUUAUUACCUAAAAUUGCUCAAUUUAAAAAAUCAGAUAGCCCAGGGUUAGAACAAUAUUAUAAUGAACAAAAAUUAGAUGCUAAAUUUAAUGAUAUUUUAAAACCAUCGCCAUUAAUAGAUGAAUCAUUAACUAAAUAUAAUCAAACAUUUGAUAAUUUUUUAUUAUCUAAUCCUCAUAUACAAAAAGAAUCACCCAGAUUACAAAAUGAUUCAGAUAAGACCCUAAUUAUCUUAUCUCCAUAUUCAUCAGAACAUGCUUUUGGUAGAAAAUGGGUUACUAAAUCAUAUCUUUCAACUAUUUUUGAACGACCACAAAGAUUAUUAUCAAGUUGUAUUGGUGUUGCAUCUGCUAUUACCAUGUAUCCAUUUUAUUAUAAAAUAACAAAUUCAACAAAACGUUCAUCUAUGUUUUCAUCUCAUGUAAGAAAAAUUCAUGGUAAAAAUUGGCCUAAAAAAUUAUUUGAAUUAUGUUUGGAAAGUUAUGAUAAAUUAAAUAAUGAUGAAAUUGAAGUUCCUGAAGAUUGGGAUACUGGUGAUAUUUACUUAACACCUAAAACUAUAAAUGCGAUUGAAGGAGUUAUAGGUACUAUUGAAACUGCUGUUGAUUCAUUGUAUAAGAAAUCAGUUAAUAGAAAAAACCAUAAUUUAGCAUUUGUUGUAUUGAGACCUCCUGGUCAUCAUAGUCAUGCUUGUUUACCUAGUGGAUUUUGUUUAUUAAAUAAUGUUCAAAUUGCUAUUGAGUAUGCUUUCGAAAAUUAUGGUGUAACUCAUUGUGCUAUCAUAGAUAUUGAUUUACAUCAUGGUGAUGGGUCUCAAGAUAUAUGUUGGGAAAGAGGCGGUUUUAAUGGUGAUUAUGGACAACAGGAAGAAGAUGAAGUAACUGACACUAAACUAAAUCCAAGAGAUGAUUAUGGGAAAAGGUUUGCAACUUAUCCUAAAGUCGGAUAUUUUUCAUUACAUGAUAUUAAGUCUUAUCCAACAGAAUUAGGAUUUGCAACAAAGGAAAAUAUUAAAAAUGCAUCAACAUGUAUAAUGGAUCAUGACUUAAAUAUUUGGAAUGUUCAUUUACAAAGUUGGUCUACCGAAGAAGAAUUUUAUAAACAUUAUCUGACAAAGUAUGUUGCAAUUUUGAAUAGAGCAAAUCAAUUCUUAAAUACUGCAAAGAAAACUUAUGAUCAAGAAUAUGAAGAAUAUUUAAAUCAAUCUACAAAAUAUAACAAAUUCUUGACGAAAUCUCACUUGUAUAAAGAACCAGUCACCAAACCAACACCACCACCACCUUUUAAACCUUUAAUUAUGAUUUCAGCUGGUUUUGAUGCUUCAGAAUAUGAAAAUCCGCAAAUGCAAAGACAUGGAAUAAAUGUACCAACAUCAUUUUAUUCAACUAUAACUAAAGAUAUUGUUAAAUUGGCUAAAAUACAUACUGGUGGUAAAGUUAUAUCAUUUCUAGAAGGAGGUUAUAGUGAUGGUGCAUUAUCAACAGGAAUAUUUUCUCAUUUAAUUGGAUUAAAUAAUGAUGAUGAAGUUUUAUGGAAUCAAACAUGGGGAUCAGAACAAGUAAUGAAAGAAUUAAUUAAAGGUUGUAAAAAAAUUUGGUCCCCAUAUAAAAAACCUCAAAGUGAUAUAACUAUAUGGGCAAAUGAAGUUAUUAAAUUAGGUAGAUCAAUGAUGCCAAAUGCAAUACUACCAAUAAAUUAUAUAUAUCAAGAUCAAACAAAACAUCAACAAAUAAAACCAGUAAAUAAAAUGGUCAAAGAUUUAAUAGAUGCAAAUAUGAAUGUAACUAUUAAAAACAAUAGAAAGAUUAUAGAUAGUCCAAUUAGAAAUGAUCCUAAUGAUGAUAGAAAGAUUAUGAGACAUACAAGAUCUUAUUAUAAGAAUAAGAUAAAAAGUAAUGAUGAUGAUGAAUAG